AUGAAGGCAGACAUUGACCAAGGCAACUACAUCGCAACCAACUAUCCUCCAUAUUUCCCUAACGCCAGCAAGCGGGACGAAAACAUCUCUCCCCUCGACACAAAUACUCCGAAUAGCGACCUUUCCCACUGGAAAGUCAUUUCGGAAGCUCAGCGUCAACAAUACUAUAAGAUUGUAGAGCAUAUUCUCGACACCCGAAUGCACGAGAAUGCACCCGCAGACUCUGAUCUGGCCAUUCUCUUCGCGCACUAUCAGGUAGACUACCACAUCCGACAACACUACCUUGCCCACCGAGGCGUUCUAACACUCUGCCGUGAUGCGAGUGACAUGCAGACGCUACGCAAGUGGCAAUGGCGUAUGGAUGCGAUUGACUCGGUCAUCACACCGGAUGAUAGACAACCGGUCCAGCCAAAGCCACAUCGGCCGACAGGUUGGCCGAAGGACGGAAACUUGGAAAUGCUGCACCAGACACACUUGUGGAAGAAAUCAUGGAAGGUGCGGCAGAAGCGGGUGGAGGAUGUUAGGGCUCGAUGGGCGGUGAUUAUGGAGGAGAGGCGAAGGCAGAGAGAGUGGUUGUUGGCGAAGCAAGCGUCGACGCUUACGGUGCGAUUGUAUUUUGGUGGGGAGUUGUGUGGAUUGAGGGAGUUGGAGCGGAAAGUCUACCCUGGGUCUGGGAUGCGGAUGGGGAGAACUACGCAGAGCUCUGGGUUUUGA